ACCUGGUCACACCGACGAUUGUCAUCUAUCCGAUUUCGCAUCUAUCGAAGUUACGCCGGCACGUGUGGUCAAGUAAAAAGUUCACUCUUAAACUUUUCACAAGCGCUCCAGUUUGCAUUUAAUAACUAAAAUGGCCGCCGCUAUCAAGAAGAUCAUCCCCAUGCUGGACCGCAUCCUCAUCCAGAGGGCCGAGGCGCUGACCAAGACGAAAGGCGGCAUCGUUCUGCCGGAGAAGUCGGUGGGCAAAGUUCUCGAGGGCACCGUUCUGGCCGUGGGCCCCGGUACUCGUAAUGCCACAACUGGCAGUCACAUUCCCAUUGGCGUGAAGGAGGGCGAUCGCGUCCUGCUGCCCGAGUUCGGGGGCACCAAGGUCAACCUGGAGGGUGACCAGAAGGAGCUGUUCCUCUUCCGCGAAUCCGACAUCCUGGCCAAGCUGGAGUAGAGCUCGCCGCCGGCAACUGUCUCACAAUUCUAUGAAUUCUAUGUUUUCUAUUAGUACGUAACACACACCCACAAGCCCGAAACCAGAACUACAAUAAACGCUGAUGCAAUAUUUUUGUUUGCAUUGCGCAUGGACCGCCAUUCAAUAAAUUUCGAGUUACUUGUUAAAAUGUA